AUGCUGAUCUCCCUUGGACUGUGGACGUUGCUAGUGGCCGCGGUUAUAUCGGCAGCCAUCUCGAUCGAUAGGCCUACAUCGCUAUACAAAGCGGAAGUUGGGUUCGGUGAACCAACUGGUGAACCACCUGGGCCGCGUACAUCAUUUGUUGUAACAUCCAAGUUCUGUGUCAUCCUGCUAUCUGGGCUGCUCGGCUAUCGCGUUCGGAUACUUGACCGUCAGCCAUUCAAUCAUAUAACCUUGACCCAGGUCUACGUCUUCAUCCUCUACUUGCUCUCGAUUGGCUUCGCUUUCUCGGCCGCAGUCGUAAAUAACGGCCUAGGUCUCGGAACAAACAAUGUCUGCAAGGUCGCCAUGAGGCUGUGCAUCGUUUUCUAUGCCGGCAGUAAAGUGAGCAUGUAUCUCUUCCUGGUCGAGCGAGCGCACGCCCUACGAGCACCUUACAUGACACGCUACCAUGACCCAUUAUGGCUAUACAGCACAAUUGGCAUCGUAGUGAGCCUCGGUACCAUUGGAUGUGUCGCGUUCAUUCUACCGGUGUUCUGGAUCUCCGACGAUGGACGCUGCCGCAUUGGUGUCAAGCGAUACACCGGAGUCCCGCUCUUGACAUGCGACAUCGUCAUCAACAUCUACCUCACACUGGUGUUUGUAUACCUUCUGAACCCAUUGGUCAGAGGCGGCCAAACCUCAAGCGCCAGUUUCACGAGCCGUUUAGCACUGUGGAUUGGCAACAUCUGUAGUCGGACAAACAAUAAAGUCACGCCCAACCUUCAUCGAUCAAACGAAGUCAUGGCAAAGAAAGUUGAAGCUCUGCUGUGGAAGACUUUUUGGGGAACAGUCCUUGUUAUUGUGCCUACUGGAGCAAAUCUUGCCUCUCUGUGCAUUCUGCAGGGAAACGAACUGGCGUUCGUCUGCUACACGAUUUGCACGUUGGAUGUCACGUGGGCUGCUGUGGUUUUCCACUGGCUCACACUGGCUGGUACCGACGAGAAAGAGGGCGCUCCAGCAGCGUGAGUAACGAGCUUUGUAUCUGCUCGCGUCUGACACGUUGUAGACCACCGGCACCCCAGAGCCCGUGUCCGCAACCUCCACGGCCUGUAGCGCAGCCCGCGAUGCGAAAGAAACCUUCCAUGUCGGACCUAUUCUUGGACCUGGUGUCGGUCGAUGCAGACAAAGAUGAUGGGGGGAAGACUUCCGAUGGACCGGACCUGGGCAAAGGCCUCACAUCGAGCACGGAUCGUCAAAGUCCCAGCAUAAGUUCGGAAUCACAGUGGAGAGAUUCUGGUCAUUCUACUCUAGUGGCUGUCCCCAACAAUACUAUCUAGCCAGACU